CUGAAUUGCAAAACCGUAGGCUGGCUUCAGCUUAAUCAACCGGUGGAUCGUGGGUAGAGCUUGGUAGUGGAGCUCUGAUUAUUCUUGAUUCCAACCAACCGCAGUUGAAUAAAUCCUAGCUAUCGAGACCAAAGUCACAACGGUAACGAGACCAAACAUGGACCAGUAAUUUAAGUAAACACGCAAGAGUGAUGGCUUACCGGAUUGAGACCGAUAAACAUGAUGAUAUUGAUAUUGAACAGGAACAACAGCAGCCUGAUGAUCCGUAUGAGGUGUCCUGUAGUUUGUCAAAAUACCACACGGGUGACACGGAUGCUGAGGAUUCACAGGAACAAGUUGACAAAGUUAAAGAGCAACUUAAAAAGGUUGAACAGUCACCAGUUACGCCAGUUGAUGAACAUGAGGUUGAAAACAGCCUGAACAUGCUGAAGGUACAUGAUGAUGCACAGGAAACAAAAAAUAUGGACAACUAUCUGCUGCAAACGUUGGAUGAAAUUGAAAGAAGGACUGAAAAAUUACGGGAGACAGUCAGAGAGGUAGAGACAGAGAGAUUGUAUCUUCUCGAGUCACUUAACACUCUCAUGCAGAGUCAAGCUCUAGUCAGUGCAGGUGAGAAAGAUGAACUAGAGCUGUACAUGGAUCGCCUGACAAACAGACUUCUCACAAUCAACAUCUCCGUCCAGAUUCCCCGUAAUCCCCCGCAAGAAGAAUCACUUCAACUUGUGAGGACACUUCUGAGAAAGCUUCAGAACAACAUGAGGCAAGGAGAGACAGACAGUGGAAUGAUCCAUAGAUACCUGAACAGUUGUAUGGAAGUGGCAAAUGGACCGGUAGAUAAUACAUUCCAGGGAGCAUUGUUGGGAUGUGCAGUGGAAGAUCAGAAAGAGAUACGGAAGAUACUCACAUCAAUGUGGGAGGCAAAGGAUGACAUAGAUAGACAGAUGGCUGUUCUUGCUUCCAUGAGCUUAGCAUAGGAUCAUAAAAUGUGACAGUACUCAGUAGACAGGACAAAAGUUAAAAACAAAUUCAAAGUUUUUAUUUAGCUGUGAACCGGUCUCACAUUUUUUUCCGUUCUUAAGCUGGCAAAUCGUAUAGUGCCAUCAUGUAUUCAACUACAUGUAGGUCUUCUUUUAUUGUUUUAAAUCGAAUCCUACAUUUAAUUGCAGAUUAUUUCACUUCCUUUUUCUGAUUUAUCAUCCUGGAGGAUUUUUUUUUAAAGGAAAGUAAAGUCCGUAAUGUACAAGGUCUGAUUCCCAUCUCAUGAAUACGAAAUGACAAUGACAAUGGAAGCAUGGAACCAGACAAAGAGUCGUCACGGUGAUAGUUUGCAAGUCCCGAAAAACACUCGCAGCUCAUGUUUAGUGCCGUGCCAGUAAAAGAGCUGGAAAAAAUGGGACAUCGGUUCACAGUCAAAUAUCCACUGGCAGAUAUAUUUUGUGCAUGUCAUCAAAGGCAUUCCUCUAAUUGUUUAAAAAUGAUGAGACAUUCUUUUUAAUUUAAAUGUUUCCCGUACUACAUGUACAUGUGUAUGUAUUUCCUGACACCUGAAGAUGCCAGUGUGAUAUCAAGUUGGCCAAGGGGCAGAGUUGUAACGAGUCACUGAAUUUUGUGACUCAAGUUGAGUCAAGCCAUUUUAAGGAAGUGACUUGAGUUGAGCCAUUUUAAGGAAGUGACCAGAGUUGAGUCUUAAGGUCAAAAAGGUAGAGUCUAGUCGAGUCACAGUGUGUGUGGUCAAGACAAAUUUAUGCUCGAGUCAAUUCCAGUCACUGAUAUUUGAACAUCAUCUAAUAAUUUACAGAAUGGAAGAAGGAACACAAGGCAACAGUUUAUUAUGAAAAUCCAAAGACUUAAAAUAUGCUGCAUGGUACCCAAUAGACAGUUUCUGCUAGACGUUUUUACCAAAGAUCUACAGUUAACAAGAGGUGAAAAUUUGGUUUAAUCUCUGGUUUGGCUUCGGAUCUGGUAUAAUUUGUACACUGACAAGGUCAAAACCAAAUUGCAACAUUUUACAAAGCUGUUUCUGAUUAAAGCAGGACAUAAAUUUAGCCGGAAUGUAACAAGGUCUUAAGAAAUCGCCCAAAGCCGAUGAUGAAACCAAAAAUUGGUCAAUGCAUUUAAAAGUCUGGUAGUUUGUGUGCUACAUCAUAAAACCACGAGGUAUUAGUCUGUGAUGCGGCGAAUACUUAUGUGGCCACAACUUGACAGUAAUGGAAGUACGCGAACAUAAGUAACUUGAUACUGUUAGUCACUGCAAGUACAGGUAUUUGCACAGUUUUGGGACUCCAGUAAUAUUAGUCGAGUCAAGCAUUCUGAUGAGGGACUUGAGUUGAGUCUAGUCAUUUACCCGUUAGGACUCGAUUCUAGCCGAGUCGCAAAAAGUUGUGACUCAAGUCGAGUAAUUGACUCAAGUCAUUACAACUCUGCCAAUAGGUACUCCUCAUGUAGCCAGAGUAUUCUUCAUUACAUUUCUCAUAUUGUACAUGUAUUAUUGAAACUACAAUGUAUGUGUAGAAUGACACAGUUGGUGAUACAAAACUGUUUUACCCUGAUUGAUAUCAGUUCAUUUUAUAAUUAUUUUCCCAGUUAUUUGAACACGUUUUCCACUCCACCUCACCAAUUCUCACAUGCUUUUUGCAAAAUCCAUUCAGUAAUUUAUCAUUCAAUUUCAAAGUUAGUUUCAAGUUUUGGUCAACCCGGCGUUUAAGUACCCAAUAUGCUGGACGAAUUUGAACAAUAGAAUUGGUGAAUUUGAAUAACUGUUUUAAAUUAAAGGGAAUAUACAUCAUUUGCUUUUGCUGUAAUUUUCAGAAAUGGAUGGAAUUGGGGGGUUGGAAAUAUAUAGCAAAUAUAGUUACACUGACUUUU